UCGUUCAAGUAUUGAAGAUGAUACAUUAACAACAACUGUUCCCAUUAUCAUCGUAGCGAAUAAAGCCGAUUUGAUAAAUUUAGAUCAACGUUACUCAAAUGUUACAUUAACAAAUUCAAGAGAAAUAACAAAGGACUCCGCCGGAUAA